AUGCCGGAGCCCGGGCCGGACGCCCCCGGCACCGCCAGCGCGCAGCCCCCUCCGCCGCCGCCGCCCCCGCCUCCUGCGCCCAAGGAGUCCCCGUUCUCCAUCAAGAACCUGCUCAACGGAGACCACCACCGGCCGCCCCCUAAGCCGCAGCCGCCCCCACGGACGCUCUUCGCGCCGGCCUCAGCCGCCGCUGCCGCAGCCGCCGCCGCCGCCGCCGCCGCGGCCAAGGGGGCCCUGGAGGGCGCGGCGGGCUUCGCGCUCUCGCAGGUGGGCGACCUGGCUUUCCCCCGCUUUGAGAUCCCGGCGCAGAGAUUUACCGUGCCCGCGCACUACCUGGAGCGGUCCCCGGCCUGGUGGUACCCCUACACCCUGACCCCCGCCGGCGGCCACCUCCCGCGACCUGAAGCCUCGGACAAGGCCCUCCUGCGAGACUCCUCCCCCGCCUCGGGCACCGACCGCGACUCCCCCGAGCCGCUGCUCAAGGCGGACCCCGACCCCAAGGAGCUGGACUCCAAGAGCCCGGACGAGAUCAUUCUGGAAGAAAGCGACUCGGAGGAGGGCAAGAAGGAAGGCGAGGCGGCGCCGGGCGCGGCCGGGGCGAGCGCGGCGGCGGCGGCGGGCACGCCGGGCGCCGAGGACUGGAAGAAGGGCGCCGAGAGCCCGGAGAAGAAGCCCGCGUGCCGCAAGAAGAAGACGCGCACCGUGUUCUCGCGCAGCCAGGUCUUCCAGCUGGAGUCCACCUUCGACAUGAAGCGCUACCUGAGCAGCUCGGAGCGCGCCGGCCUGGCCGCGUCGCUGCACCUCACCGAGACGCAGGUCAAGAUCUGGUUCCAGAACCGCCGCAACAAGUGGAAGCGACAGCUGGCGGCCGAGCUGGAGGCGGCCAACCUGAGCCACGCCGCGGCGCAGCGCAUCGUGCGGGUGCCCAUCCUCUACCACGAGAACUCCGCGGCCGAGGGCGCGGCGGCCGCGGCCGCAGGGGCCCCGGUGCCGGCCAGCCAGCCGCUGCUCACCUUCCCGCACCCGGUCUACUACUCGCACCCGGUGGUCUCGUCCGUGCCGCUGCUCCGGCCGGUCUGA